AUGUAUCGAAAAUACUAUCAAUGUUUUAUGGUAUGUGUCUGCGGAAAGAUAUCGUAAGGUUCUGUUGAUAAACGAAUAACUUAAGAUGAACAGUAGCUGGAUGUGUGAUUUAUUUCGCAGUGAUAAAAUGAUAAUAUACUUGAAAGCAUGGGGUAGAUGAUGGUGAAUUCGAAAACCCCAUUAAUCAGCCGAGUGACUCAAUUUCUUAGUGAAUUGCUUCCAAAGUGGAAAAGUUUUAGUUUUAGCGACCAAAUGAAGACCAAGAAUUUCUAUAUAUGUCUCCUAUUCAUAGCUGCUACUUCCACCUCCAUAUGGCUACUGACCAAUCCCUCACCAAACCUGCAUACCAUUGUCACACAGACACACAAACAGAUCAACAAUAUUAAAAACAUCCCGACCAACAUUAGAUCUUCCAAUGAAGAAGAAUUUAAAGUGGACCAUAUCUACCUUGAUCGACUGGGAUUUUAUGAUAAGGAGGCUAAGGUGGUUGAUGGUGAGGUGAAGGAAACUCCCAUUAUUGGAACUUCGGCAUUGCCUGGCAAUUACGAAGAAGCCCUGAAGUUUGUUAAAUCAACCCAAAAGAUUCUGCCUCAACAAAAAAUCCUUAUUUAUGAUCUUGGAAUCAGUACAACAGAAUCUCAACAGAUGGUUAAAUUCUGCAACAAGACAAGGACAUGCAGUCUGAAAGUGUUUCCAUUUGAAAAAUUCCCUUCACAUGUGAGAUACCUGGAUACUAAAAGCUAUAGGCCUUUGGCCAUACAG